AUGUGUGCAGAAAGUCCGUUUCUACAGUCGUGCUGCCGUCGGUCUAGGUGGCUGCGGGCGGAAAACGCUCAGGACCGCCGGGCUUAUCUUUAUGCCAGCCCGUGCAGAGAGAAGGCAGAGCAGCCAGAAACGUCGCAAGCGAUGAAACGCUGGGUUUUGAGGAAGAGGCCCGGUCGCGAGGCACGUGAGGUAUCUCGGGCCACCCGCCGAUGCGAUGGUGUUCCUCGGAUGCAGAUCGAGCGUGAACAAGGCUUCGAAGCAGAUGCAAGAGCCUCCCUGGUGGUUCUAACGACGUGCGCAGCGACGAGAAGCCGUCUCGCGGAUGGAUCCGAAAUGAAAGCUCGGAAGGUGGACCGAAGACCGAAGCAGAUGAAAAUGAACUCUAGCCCCAACGUCGUCGACCGGGGGUUGUUCCCAGCGCAGAAUUGA